UGCAUGCCAGUCACUUUGGACGCACUGACAUCCCCCCAGUUUGCUUCGGUACUGGGUAUCGUGCAGACCCAGGCAGAUCAAACUACACAAGCCUGACCCCUAGGUCCCUGCCUAAACCUUGGAGGAAAACUCAGUCUAGGACAAACGGGACCUAUAGACAGUGUUCGAGAUCCAACCCGUAGAACAUCAGAGACAAUGAUGUCACACAGCAUGAUGACAACCAAGGAGAGGAAGAUGCAGGCUGCAGCCAUUAUAAGAGAAAUCCAAGGAACAGAUUCCGAUUCCAUGGACCUUGGAAAAAAGUUCAGCACGCCCAAAGACAUCAUGCUGGAAGAGCUAUCCUUGCAGUCCAACAGGGGCUCCAGACUCUUCAAAAUGCGUCAGCGGAGAUCUGAAAAAUACACUUUCGAAAACUUCCAGAAUGAAACCAACAUGCAAAUGAAUAAUGGUGUUCCUCUUCAAGCUCAGAAUAGUGAAGCGACAGAAAAUGGCAAAAGAGAUGGUAACAGCUUGGAUGUUGGACACUCACCCAAAACACCACCAAAUACACCCGACCCCAGAACCCCACCUAACCCAGACAAUAUAGCUCCAGGAUAUGGUGGACCCUUGAAGGACAUUCCUCCUGAGAGGUUUAAUACCACAGCUGUCCCGAAAUCCUACCAUUCUCCUUGGGAACAAGCCAUCAUCAAUGACCCUAACCUGCUGGAUACUUUACACCUCCAGAUGCCAUUGCCUGAACUAAAACAGGACAGGCAAGAUUUUAAAAGCUUCAACAGAGUCGCUACUCCUUUUGGUGGUUUUGACAAAGCCUCCAGGAUCAUCACUUUCAAGGCACCGGAGAUGGACAUGAGCUUUAUGAAUGCUGCCCCAAAACCCACAGAUUUCCAAGACCUAGUUGGCAAGCGCCCUACUUUUAACAGGACGGCCCAGGGUUGGAUUUCAGAUGGAACCCCUGUCGUCAUCCCUGUUGUGCCUUGGGAAUCCAUCAUCCCUGAGUCUGAUGACCUUUGAUGUGCUUAAAUAACAAAGAAAUCUGAUACCAUACAAUAAAUAAGAUGGUUUGCACAUAAUGUGUCACCCAGUAUGUUGCUGCUGCCACCAUUGUAUUUAUAGGUGUGAUAUUAUUUAAAUGUGUUGGAACAGAUAGACUUCACCAGGGGGUGGGGUAGUGUUAAUUCAACAGGCCCUAACUGUGAAGUAAAACAGCACUAUUAUAAUAUAUAUAUAUAUAUAUAUAUAUAUAUAUAUAUAUAUAUAUAUAUAUAUAUAUAUAUAUAUAUAUAUAUAUAAAUAUCAUGCUAUUAAAUACAUUUACAUAAAUAUACUAUUAGACAAGGAUUCAAAAUGUUUUGUUUUUUUUUUUGUAAUGAAGAACAGCAAGUAAAUUGAAUAUUUCUUGUAUGAUACGUUUUUGAUGGGGGCGUGUGUUAAUGGAAAUUACCUUUUUGGAUAUAGUGUCUUUGCCUUUUACAUAACAUUUGCAUAUGAGAACUUAACUCUAUUUUAACAUAAAAUUACAGUACCAUGCACACAAGUACACUACUGGUGUUGCUCAAGUAUACAUCAAUAUAUAAGUACUAACAUUUUUAAAGAUUUUGAAUAAAUGCCUGCAUUAAGAUAAGAUAUUGUGACAUCAGUCAUGCUGACUGAUGCGUUUUUAUCCCUCACAGCUUCAAAUAGGGCAGCUUAGAUAAAGUUGUAACAUGAAAUUCCUCUUCAUGACACUUGAUUUAUGGAAGUUUCCAAAUAUACUAUCGAUUUUUUUGUGAAAUCCGACCUAGAUAAUAGAGCACUUACAACCACUGACCACCAGGUGGUCCCAAUGACAGUUAACCACUGAAUUUUCAUUUUUAGAAAUAUAAUACAUGUAUGUUAGAAUUCCAAGAAGAAAAAAGCUAAUAAUGGUUAAAUAUAGGAUACUACAUUAACAUUUAUGGAAGUAAAAAACAAACAAACAAAAAAAAAACCUCUCUGUGUCAGUUCAUGCAGUAAUGUAUAAGAAGAUAAGAAAAGUUACAAACCAGAAGACAGCAUUCGGCCCAUCAAUGCUUGUCCAAGAUGUAUUGUAAAGAAAAUGUAUUUCUAAAUUAAAGAGCUGAAUUCAGGGGAAAUUAGUAAAAAGCUCCACAUCUCUUUAGCAAUAUGGCACAAUUUAAAGGUGUCCAGUCAUUCUGUCAAUGGAUUUGAAUAUCAAACUGGGACUAGUGCUAGUACCAUCUGCAGUGCACAAGUCAAUCUAGAAUGUGAUUUAGAGGCUGAUUUCUGCCAGCACUCCUAAGUGGGAUUGAUAGAAGAUAAGAAAUGUUGAGAAUAAGAAGAGUCUUGUCCCUUGCUAGCACACUUACUACUGUGAACUAUUUCAUGUGUGAAUCUUCUGUUCCAAAACCAGUUUGUUUAUACAGGAAUUACAAAUUGAAAUGUAUGCUUACUUUUUUUAACUAAAGUACAGUACAAAUGCAUAUUUUUCAUAUUUAGUGGCAGGUAUAAUACAAAAUGUAUACAUUAUAAUUAGCAUUAUAAUUAUUUAUUUCUAUUUUUUUUUAAAUGUAUAACUCUGGACAGGGUAAUAUUUUAUAAAACCGGCAAAUUAAUUUAGUUUUUAAAAUGUGCACAUUUUAAUUUCACAUUUUAAGUCAAUAAGUUCCUUUACAACACUUUGCCUGUCUUGGUAGUCCUAGUUGUUAUAGAAACUGGUGCACAGAAACUAAAAGCCUGUCAAAACAAGUAUCUAAGUCAGUAACUUUCCACUGUUGAUUUCUGAAGUGUUUAUCCUCAUCUGGCUACAGUAGACUGUACUGGCCAGGCAGCCUGUGAGCUCAAGCGGACACCUGCAGGUCUAGCCUUUGUACUCCAGAGGCCGGUAGCUUGCCAACAUCCACUCUCCUGGAUGUAUUUGUUUGUGAGGAAAACCAGCUGUGUUAAGAGCAAAUUUAUUCUGAGAACAGCACACCCCAAGUAGAUAUGCUGGCUUGCCCUUACCAUCCAUCACCUCACAACUCUGUAUGCAAAGAAACAGACAGUUAAUGAAUGCAACAGCUGCAUGGAUACUCUAUGUGGUGCAUGAUAAUGAUAGAAGGGCCCCAUAUGGUCCCUGGGCACAGUAUUUAAGGUAAUGUCUGCCAUUUAAUUUGAGGUUUAUAACAUGAAGUUGUGAGUGAGUUUAUGUAUCUCUUGCCCACGUUCACUAUCAUUACCCUUAUACAAGUUUACAUUGGUAUUUUUGCACUGUAUUUUUGCACUUUUCCCAUGCUUUUUCCAUGGUAAUACCAUGUAUUAACCAUAAUUUACCCUUGUUUACCAUGUUUAUUAAUAUGCUUUACCAUACCUCACUGUUCUUUACAUUACUUUACCAUGCUUUCACUAUGCUUUAUUAUGCUUUGCUAUGCUUUUACAAUGGUAAACUUUUAUAAGGGUAACUGAUAAAAGUGAUUGGCAAAGAAGUUCACAUAUGUAAAUGUUCAUGUGAACAGCAUGGUCUGAACAUUAUAAAGUGUUUUUUUUUCUUAAUAUUUUUAAAUAUUAUCUAAAACGUAAAAAAUAAAUAAAAAAAUACUAAACAUUUUGACAAAUUGUCUUUAUGAAUGUUCUAUACUACCUGUAAAAUGAAAACUAACUAAACUAAACAGCCAUUACGUGAUAUUUAAGACCUUUAUAACCCUAACCUAACCACACCUUUAUGUUUAACAUAUUCUCUGCCUCUUUCAAAUAUGCUGGGUUUCAAUGGCCUGCUAAUUGUCUUUUUAUAGUUUCUGUUUCUGCCCUUUCAGCCCACUGAAAUCUCAUUCAGUCUUUAUAUAUGCAAAUGUAAUCCAACCCCCCUUGGCUGUAAAGUAAAGUAAAUUAAUAUUUUACAGAUUUUCUGAUUAAUAUGUACAGUACAGUCCAUAGAUUAAUUGCUUUAUUACAAAAUGAAAAAAAGGAUUUAAAAAAUAAUGCAACUUAAUUUGUUUAAAAUUCAGCCCCUUCCUGCUUCAAGAGAUCAUAUAUACUGUCUGUAGAGUAUGUGAUACCUUCUUAUUAUGUAUGAAUUUGUAUAAGUGCAGACAGACCUUAAGUUGUCUCCUGCACAGUUAACAGUAGGAUAGGAAAACUUUGAUUUUAUUAGCUGCAUAUAGGAUUGUUUCCAAUCAUGCACACUGAUCUUAUAAAUGUACUGUAACUGUAGUAUGUGGAACUCCAGUAUUUGUUUUAGACAUUUUGAAAUACUGCUUUGCAAAUUUCUCAUUUCUUGGCACCUUUUUAUAUAAUAGCUGAAAUGCACGCAAAUUCUUUUGAAUGUGUUUAGUCUUAGCGGUCUGUAUAGAACUAGCAGUAAGAGAUUAUAAAGGUGCCUGAAAAAUAUCUCUAUUGUUAUUCCAAAUAGUAGAAGAGUAGAAAGAGUAGAAGCCUGGUGCUUUUGUUUCAGCAGGUGUUUACUUGAAGCGGAUAAUCCCAAAUCUACAGUCAGAUAUUUGUGGAGCAUUGCUGACAUAAAAAAAACACACACAAAAAAACAAACUAUGGACUGUGUUGCUGUAAGCCGUUUAGGACAAUUUAAGUAUUUAAUUUUUUUUUCUCAUAUGAUUUGUGCCAGUAAUUAUUCUGAACAGUUUCAUCUUGCGUGAUUUUCUGGGGUCUAAUACAUAAUCCACAGGAGUCUGCAGACAGCGACAAUUUGUUUUAUAUACAUGGGUGGCCUGACUGCUCAACAGCACUUCUGAAAUCACACAUGGAAACUUGUAUUGCUCAAAUUUUACUCACUAUUACACAAUUGUUACCACACCCUGAGAGAAAAUAAAUAUGCAUAUCCAGUGUUUCCUGAAAGAGUAGACCAAAUUUUUCUGGUUUUAUUAUACCAAUGCUCCCUAGUUAUUUUAAUAAUUUGCAUUGUCAUGUUGAAUAAAUCUUUCCUGUAUAAGACUCUUUCACUUAUACGGUAUAUUGUAUGAUGUGCAAGUCAGAGAUGUAAUGAGAGUACUGUUCUUGUACACAUUUUAUUCACAAUUAUUUCCUAAAGAAUAUGUACAGUGUAUUGAUGUUUCAGUCCAGAUUCAAAACAUUCAGAGCAGCCAACUUACUUGUCCAUCUUGGGUAAUGUAUGUUUAGUAUUACUCACAUGGACAGGAAACUUACCAGAAUACCAAAGUCAUCGAGUCAACCAACUGUAAAAGUGCCAGUCCUGAAAAAUGUAGCCUUUAUUACAAGUGUUGGAAUUGUCACAUGAUAAUACAGCAAUUCCAAGUCAUUACGUAAUUGAUUCCAAUUGAAAUCUUGUAAUUAACUGUUAUUAGUGUUGCAACAGAAUUGGAAUAGAAUUCAUGAGAAUGGUGGAAUGCCCAUGUGUCUUGUUUUGAAUAAAAUUACACCAUUCAUGGUUUGA